AUGAGGUCGUCAAUACUUAUCUCAUUUUUCUCAUUAACCUUGUUCUUCGUUUUACAUUAUGCAACUUUGCCUGCAUUUGCUCAAAAAUUACCAUCAAAAACCAAGGACACAGUUACUAUCACUAGUCUUUCUUCUAAUCAAAUUACUAAUGUUCCCAUUAAAAAUAAUAUUGUUAAUAAUGUAAAUGCUGAUACAACAACAUUAUUACCAAAAAUACCACCACAUUCACCGCUAACACGUCCGGUUAUUACAAUAACGAGUAUAUCUACUGUUUAUCCUCCAAUUCAAGCUACCAACAAUCCGAAGGUUCCAGUUGAUAAUUCUAAUAGUAAUUCUUCCAGUGAUGGAGGUCCAUCAGGUCUAGUGAUAGGCAUUUCCCUCGUUGGUUGUAUCGUUCUUGUAUGUGGUAUGUUUUCGGCUUACUAUUUUUACCGAAGACAUCGUGAAUCAUAUUAUUAUGACGAAGGUGGUGAAGUAGUGCUAAGGGAUGGAAAUCCUUUUACAAGUACAUUGGACCAAUAUCAUAGGA